CAGUGGCCCGGUUCCAACUCCCAUCAUCCGCCGGGAGGCCCGUGCUGGGCGUCGGUGGCCCUUCCAGGAAGGUUCAAGCCCUCCAGGCCCCGGGAUGUUCUGCUGGGAAACGGAACCUGCGGGGGCUGCAUGCGAAGCGGAGACUCGGCCACGCUUCCAUGCGAGGAAGUCUCUCUUGCUGGUGAGUUGUGGAGAUGUUGAAGUUUAAGUACGGUCUGCGUCAUCCUCCAGAGCCGGGCAUCAUGGAGCCCAUUGCCAGUCGCACCUCUCGACUUAACCUGCUUUUUCAGGGGAAACUGCCGUCUGUGGUGCAGCCGCAGAUGUCUCUGCUUUCCAGAGAAGGCAUUUUGGAUUCCCUAAUGGUACUUUUCGAAGAAUGCAGCAACCCUGCUUUAAUGGAAAUCAAGCAUGUCAGCAGCUUCCUGAAAAAGUAUUCAGAUUCUAUAGCAGAAUUCCGGGAACUCCAGCCCAGCUUGAAGGACUUUGAAGUCAGGGGACUGGUGAGAUGUGGUCGCUGUGCAGACGUGCAGGUGGUGAGAGAGAAGGCAACUGGUGACGUCUAUGCCAUGAAGGUGAUCAGCAAGAAGGCUUUACUGGCACAAGAUCAUAUAUUCUUCUUUGAGGAAGAGCGUAACAUACUAUCUCGGAAUACCAGCCCUUGGAUUCCUGAACUGCACUAUGCAUUCCAGGACAACAAGAAUCUUUAUUUGGUUAUGCAGUAUCAGCCUGGAGGGGACCUGCUGUCAUUCUUAAACAGAUAUGAGGAUCAACUUGAUGAAAGUGUGGUUCAGUUCUACUUAGCAGAGCUUGUGCUGGCCAUUCACAGCGUCCAUCAAUUGGGCUAUGUACACCGAGAUGUUAAGCCAGAGAAUAUCCUGAUUGACCGAACAGGACACAUCAAGCUGGUGGGCUUUGGGUCAGCUGCCAAAAUGACGGCAAAUAAAAUGGUGAAUGGCAAGUUGCUUGUGGGCACUCCAGAUUAUUUGGCCCCAGAGGUGUUAACGAUGUUGAACAGUGAGGGCAAGAGUUCAUAUGGAUCGGAAUGUGACUGGUGGUCUCUGGGGGUGGUCGCUUAUGAAAUGAUCUAUGGAAAAUCUCCCUUCACUGAAGGGACCUCCACCAAAACGACCAAUAACAUCAUGAAUUUCCAGAGGUUCCUGAAGUUCCCCAGCGAUGUGGAAGUCAGCAAAGAAUUCCUGGAUCUGGUGCAGAGUUUACUAUGUGGGCAGAAAGAGAGACUAGACUAUGAAGGCCUCUGCUGUCAUCCAUUCUUUUCUGCAGUUGACUGGAAUAGCAUCCGUAACUCAGCUCCUCCCCGCUUUGUGCCUACCAUCGAGUCAGAGGAUGACACCUCAAAUUUCGAUGAACCAGAGAAGAAUUCACGGAUGGUGUCCUCUGUGUGCCAGCUGAACCCUGUAGGUUUCUCAGGAGAAGACUUGCCAUUUGUGGGGUUCUCCUUCAUCAAGGCUUUGGGGAUCCUCCGAUCAGAGUCUGGUUUGGGUUCGGACUCUCCAGCCAAGAUUAACUCAAUGGAAAAGAAACUCCAUCUGAAGAACAAAGAGCUGCAAGACACUCAGGAGAAGUGCCACAAGAUGGAGCAGGAAAUGACGCGCUUGCACCGCAGAGUGUCGGAGGUGGAGGCUGUGCUUAGCCAAAAGGAGGUGGAACUGAAAGCCUCCGAGACCCAGCGAUCCCUCCUUGAGCAGGACCUGGCUACCUACAUCACAGAAUGCAGUAGCUUAAAGCGAAGUCUGGAGCAGGCUCGAAUGGAAGUGUCUCAGGAGGAUGACAAGGCGCUACAGCUCCUUCAUGAUAUCCGAGAACAGAGCCGGAAGCUGCAGGAAAUCAAAGAACAGGAAUAUCAAGCCCAGGUAGAAGAGAUGAGGUUGAUGAUGAAUCAGUUAGAAGAGGAUCUUAUUUCAGCUCGCAGACGGAGCGAUCUUUAUGAAUCUGAGUUGAGAGAGUCCCGGUUGGCUGCUGAAGAUUUCAAACGUAAAGCCACAGAAUGUCACAACCGGCUCCAGAAGGUAGCGAAGGUUAAAGAUCAAGGGAAAACUGAAGUGGGAGAACUGUACUCCAAACUGGAGAAGAUCAAUGCAGAGCAGCAGGUCAAAAUCCAGGAACUACAGGAGAAGCUGACAAAGGCGAUGAAAGCCAGCUCGGAGGCCACGGAGCUCCUUCAGAACAUACGCCAAGCAAAGGAGAGAGCCGAGAAGGAGUUGGAGAAGCUGCAAAACCGGGAAGAUUCUAAUGAAGGCAUGAAGAAGAAAUUGCUUGAAGCGGAGGAAAGGCGCCACUCUUUGGAGAACCAAGUGAAGAGGCUGGAGACUGUGGAACGCAGAGAGAACCGACUGAAAGAAGAUAUCCAGACUAAGUCUCAACAGAUCCAGCAGAUGGCAGAUAAAAUUAUGGAACUAGAGGAGAAGCAUCGGGAGGCUCAGCUGGCUGCACAGCACCUGGAGCUGCAUCUGAAGCAGAAGGAGCAGAUGUACGAAGAAAGGAUCAAAGUGCUCGACAAUCAGAUGAAAAAGGAUCUUGCAGACAAAGAUGCGCUUGAGAACAUGCUGAGGAAACAUGAGGAGGAAGCCCGUGAAAAAUGCAAAAUCCUUACAGAACAGAAAGCAAUGAUCAAUGCUAUGGAUUCAAAGAUUAGGUCCCUGGAACAGAGAAUAGUGGAAUUAUCGGAAGCUAAUAAGCUUGCAGCAAAUAGCAGCUUAUUUACUCAGAGGAAUAUGAAAGCCCAGGAAGAAAUGAUUUCUGAGCUCAGACAGCAGAAAUUUUAUCUGGAAACUCAAGCUGGAAAGUUGGAGGCCCAGAACAAUAAACUGGAGGAACAGUUGGAGAAAAUCAGCCAUCAGGACCAUAAUGACAAGACGCGCCUGUUGGAACUGGAGACGAGGUUACGAGAGGUUAGCCUUGAACAUGAAGAACAAAAACUGGAACUGAAGCGGCAGCUGACAGAAUUGCAGCUCACCCUCCAGGAGAGGGAAUCUCAGAUAUCAGGGUUGCAGGCUGCCCGUGCAGCCCUAGAGAGUCAGCUCCGGGAAGCCAAAACUGAGCUAGAGGAAACCACAGCUGAGGCAGAAGAGGAGAUUCAAGCUCUGACGGCGCAUAGAGAUGAAAUCCAGCGUAAAUUUGAAGCCCUUCGUAAUAGCUGCACAGCAGAGAGGAAUAUGUUAGGGUGGCAAGGCACUGAAGUGCGUCUCGCCACCCCCAGUGCCCCCAACAUGUCGCCUGGCUGUGAAAGGGUGAUUACAGACUUGGAAGAGCAGUUGAACCAGCUGAGCGAGGACAAUGCUGAGCUGAACAACCAGAAUUUCUUCCUGUCCAAGCAGCUGGAUGAAGCUUCGGGGGCCGGCGAUGAAGUGGUCCAGCUGCGAAGUGAGGUUGACCAUCUUCGCCGGGAGAUCACAGAGCGAGAGAUGCAGCUGACUAGUCAGAAACAAACAAUGGAGGCCUUAAAGACAACCUGCACAAUGCUUGAAGAGCAAGUGAUGGACUUGGAGGCUCUGAAUGAUGAACUUCUGGAGAAGGAGCGCCAGUGGGAGGCAUGGCGGAACGUCCUGGGGGAUGAGAAGACUCAGUUUGAAUGCCGGGUGCGAGAGCUGCAGAGGAUGCUGGAUACCGAGAAACAAAGCAGGGUGCGAGCUGACCAGCGCAUCACUGAAUCCCGCCAGGUGGUAGAGCUUGCUGUUAAAGAACAUAAGGCAGAGAUCUUGGCUCUUCAGCAAGCUUUAAAGGAACAAAAACUUAAGGCUGAAAGUCUCUCUGACAAGCUCAAUGACCUGGAGAAGAAGCAUGCCAUGCUGGAGAUGAAUGCACGUAGUUUGCAACAGAAGCUGGAGACAGAACGUGAGCUGAAGCAAAGGCUUCUGGAAGAGCAAGCAAAGCUACAGCAGCAGAUGGACUUGCAAAAAAACCACAUAUUUCGCCUGACUCAAGGUCUGCAAGAGGCUUUGGAUAGAGCGGACCUUCUGAAGACAGAAAGAAGUGACUUGGAGUACCAGCUGGAGAAUAUCCAGGUUCUCUAUUCCCAUGAAAAGGUGAAAAUGGAGGGCACUAUUUCCCAACAAACCAAACUCAUUGACUUUCUGCAAGCAAAGAUGGACCAGCCGGCCAAAAAAAAAAAGGGCCUGUUUAGUCGGCGGAAAGAGGACCCUUCUUUGCCCACACAGGUUCCCCUGCAGUACAGUGAGCUGAAGGUGGCUCUGGAGAAGGAGAAGGCCCGCUCGGCGGAGCUGGAGGAGGCCCUUCAGAAAACCCGCAUUGAACUCCGGUCUGCUCGAGAGGAAGCUGCCCAUAGGAAAACCACAGAGCACCCUCACCCCUCCACUCCUGCCACGGCCAGGCAGCAGAUCAUCAUGUCUGCCAUAGUCCGCUCACCAGAACACCAGCCCACACCCAUCAGCCUGCUGGCUCCUCCCUCCAGCCGCAGAAAGGAGGCCUCCACGCCAGAGGAGUUUAAUCGGCGUAUCAAAGAACGAAUGCAUCACAAUAUUCCUCACCGGUUUAAUGUGGGGCUGAAUAUGAGAGCAACCAAAUGUGCUGUUUGCUUGGAUACUGUGCACUUCGGGCGUCAGGCAUCUAAAUGUCUCGAAUGCCAGAUGAUGUGUCACCCCAAGUGCUCGACCUGUUUGCCAGCAACUUGUGGCUUGCCUGCCGAAUACGCCACGCACUUCUCGGAAGCCUUCUGCCGGGACAAACUGAAUUCUCCAGGGCUGCAGCUGAAAGAGCCGAGCAGCGGUUUGCGCCUAGAAGGAUGGAUGAAGGUGCCAAGAAAUAACAAGCGUGGGCAGCAGGGCUGGGACCGGAAGUAUAUAGUUCUGGAAGGAACGAAAGUGCUUGUUUAUGACACAGAAGCCAGAGAAGCUGGACAGAGGCCCAUGGAGGAGUUUGAGCUGUGUCUUCCUGACGGAGAUGUGACUGUCCAUGGAGCUGUUGGAGCCACUGAACUUUUGAAUACAGCUAAGACAGAUGUGCCAUAUAUAUUAAAGUUGGAGUCUCAUCCCCAUACCACGUGUUGGCCUGGACGGACCCUCUAUCUGCUAGCACCCACGUUUCCUGACAAGCAACGGUGGGUCAGUGCACUGGAGUCCAUAGUCGCUGGAGGCCGAGUUUCCAGGGAAAAAGCGGAGGCUGAUGCGAAGCUCCUUGGGAAUUCUUUGCUGAAGCUAGAGGGUGAAGACCGCCUGGACAUCAACUGCACCUUGCCCUUCAGUGACCAGGUGGUUCUGGUGGGUGCCGAGGAAGGGCUCUAUGCCCUGAAUGUGUUGAAGAACUCUCUGACGCAUGUCCCUGGAAUUGGUGCUGUCUUCCAAGUGCACCUCAUCAAGGACUUGGAGAAACUGCUCAUGAUAGCAGGGGAAGAGCGUGCUCUCUGUCUGGUGGACGUGAAGAAAGUCAAGCAAUCCCUCGCCCAGUCUCACCUGCCAGCGCAGCCGGAUGUUUCGCCAAACAUUUUUGAGGCCGUCAAAGGUUGCCACCUUUUUGCGGCUGGCAAGAUUGAGAACGGCCUGUGUAUCUGUGCAGCCAUGCCCAACAAAGUGGUCGUUCUGCGCUACAACGAGGGUCUCGGCAAGUUCUGCAUCAGGAAGGAGAUUGAAACCUCAGAGCCGUGCAGCUGUAUUCAUUUCACUAAUUACAGCAUCAUCAUUGGAACAAAUAAGUUUUAUGAAAUUGAGAUGAAGCAGUAUACGCUGGAGGAAUUCCUGGACAAGAAUGACCAUACCUUGGCCUCCGCUGUGUUUGCAUCCUCCACCAACAGCUUCCCCAUCAAUAUCAUCCAGGUGAAUCCUACAGGGCAGAGAGAGGAGUAUCUCCUGUGCUUUCACGAAUUUGGCGUCUUUGUCGACUCCUAUGGGAGGCGCAGUCGCUCCGAUGACCUGAAAUGGAGUCGCCUGCCUCUAGCAUUUGCCUACCGGGAGCCUUAUCUCUUUGUGACGCACUUCAAUUCCCUGGAAGUGAUCGAGAUUCAAGCCCGUGCCUCCCUUGGAACUCCAGCUCGCGCUCACUUGGAUAUUCCGAGCCCUCGCUAUCUGGGGCCUGCCAUUUCAUCAGGAGCGAUUUAUUUGGCCUCUUCUUACCAGGAUAAACUAAGAGUGAUUUGCUGUAAAGGGAACUUGGUGAAGGAAUCCAACAAUGAACACCACCGAGGGUCCUCGACUACACGCAGCUGUCCGCGUCCAUUGUUUUUGAAUGACAGCAGCCCAAACAAGAGAGGUCCCCCAACCUAUAACGAGCACAUAACCAAGCGGGUAGCCUCGAGCCCUGGGCCUCCGGAAGGUCCGAGCCACCCUCGGGAGCCAAGCACACCCCAUCGCUAUCGAGAGGGGAGGACGGAGCUGCGUAGGGACAAGUCUCCUGGGCGUCCGCUAGAGAGGGAGAAAUCUCCGGGCAGGGUCCUCAGCACCCGCAGAGAAAGGUCCCCCGGGAGGCUGUUUGAGGAGAGCAGCAGGGGACGCUUGCAGGUGGGGGGCGCGAGGACACCCCUCUCCCAAGUCAACAAGGUCUGGGACCAAUCGUCCGUAUAAGCUACACGAACCGUGAACUGCAGGAAGAGCCAAGGAAAUGUCCUGAGUUGGUGGGCUUCCUACUUCUCCGCCCAGCAGACAACACUGGCCCAGCACGAUCACAGCGCCAAGAUCCACUCCAUCCGGACUGCUUGUGAGGGGAGUCUGCCUCUCAGUUUCUUUUCCUGUGGCUUCCUGCAGUUGGGUUUCUCUCCUCCCCACCCCCCGCCUUUGGGGCACUUUCUACUACAGUUGCUCUUUCAAGCAGUUCAUGACCUUUUUAUACUUCGCUUUUAGCCUUUUACCAGCCCCAUCGAGGAAAUCAGACGGGAUGGGGAAUCUCGCCCAGAGUCUGAAAGGUGGCGGUCAGCAUUUGGGAAAGAUGCUGGGAUGUUGGGGAAGCCUUGUCACCAGCCAAGGGCACCACGCUGGUGUCAGCGGCGGCAGCUGCUGCUGCUGCAGAGCUUUAGAAAAACCUUGACCAGCUUUGUCCAUCUGCUGCUUCCAAAUUGAGUAUCCCCCCUCCCCAAUAGCCCAAAGUGCAGCUCUGUGGUCAGCUGGGUUACAGGGAAGGGGACGUCCUGUUGACUCUCCCCCAAGGUCCCCUGAUCACACAGCACAGGUGGUCACAGUCUGCCCCUCGCUGCCCCUGCAUCCAAGCAGGUCUGCGGUGGAAGGCCCUUCCCUACCCAGGUUUUCUGCAUGGCAGCUUCCUGCAUGCUUAGUACACCACCACCACCACCAUCCUGGCUGCUGUCUCCCUUUCAGUUGCUUUGCCUAGAUAUUGUAAUCUUGUACCUCCCGUGUUAACGAAACGGAAGCCUUUCUAGAUUAUGCUGCAACCAUAAGCAUCCUUGUGUCCUGGGGGAAUGGGCACCGAAGGAGCUCAAGCGACAGUUCUGGACUCCAUGGCAACAGAACUUCAUGAGGCAUGAUGACGCCGCCACCCCCCAGCCAGCACGAGACAGGCUCCUGUCCACAAACUGGGCCAAGGGAAGGGAAGGCCUCCUUGCCUCGGCCGGGUAACCAGCACUCAGCCCCUCCUCAUGAGGAACCACCCUAAAGAGAGCAGGAAGAUCUUACUUGGGCCAAAAAAGAAUGAAAACGCCAUGGUGUGGGCUGCACCUUUUGUAUCUGCAAAGAACCACCACUCCUGACCGUAGAGAAUAUGGCGAACCGCUUUGGCAAACGCCCAACAUGCUCCAUCACUUUUUUCCUCCAGCUGCAAGCUCUUUAUUGCGUCUCCUUUUGGGGUGUUGUGAGCACCGAGGCAAAUUGUUUCCAAGUUCGGCUUUGGCCACUCAAUUUGCCUUAGCCACAAUUCUCUCUACGCUGGCACAAUCAGAUCUGCCCCCUGCCGCCCGCCCGCGCCUGUACACGCUCUCUCUCUCUCUCGCUCCCUUUUGCCUGCUGGAGAAGAGCCUCAGCCUCUGCUUUGUCAGUGCCCUGCUGGAGGGUCUUGUGGAGAACAGGGUCUGGUCUGUUGUGCAUCGGGCUAUUUUAUAUCCGAGGGUUUGUCAGGAAACACGCUGAGAUUUCUGCCUCUGGGUCUGGGUGUCCUGAAAGGUAUUUAGGUCUUUGCAUCUCAUGGAAAAGUCCCUCAUGACCGGAGAACUCGGCUUGUCGAGUCUUGAAAGUGUAUAUCUUGUGUCUUGUUUGUGAAAUGCUUCCUGCUAUAGAAUAGCUCAAAGGACUGUACAUAUUUACAAGAAACUUUAUAUUCGUAAAAAGGAAAUCGAAUCAGUUUCUACUUUUUUAUUGUAAAGUGUGCAUUUUUUUCCAACCGCGAGCCCUUGGUUUCCGUGGGGGUUGUGGGGAGGCCUCCUCUGCCCCUGAAGGGGCCUUGCCCUCAUCCCUCAGGAUCCCCUGAAGAAAUAUCGUAACAUUAAAUUUGCAAGCCAAAACCGGUUAGUCUAAAUGAGGUCUUAAGCAUAACUGCAGAAUAGGAUCUGUCUUCAUUACCUUUUUAUUUCCAACAAGCAAAAGAAACCAGUGAAAUAAUUAACACUCCACCUGGAAAGUACUGAACUUGUUGUUUAACAGUAAUCGAAUAAAGAGAAAAUUCAUUCUACUGACUGGCAUGGUGCAGUGACCUCUUCCUUCCACAUGUAAGUUGCCAGGAGUUCAUUCCAUGAGGGCGCCACAGCUGUCCUUACCUGAAGGCACCUGGAUGCGCUUGUCUUCCAAAGAGCCGCCCCCCCCCCACCCCACCCCGCAGGCCCCAGCUCUCUAGCGGCCUCAAUCCCAGCAGCGCGGACUGCUCGGCUGCCCACUCCCCUGCCCUCCGCCUCAGCCGCCUGUCCAUUGCACUGGUGAACACGUCUGUCUCGCUGGACAGUCUGUCUCCUGCAGCUCUGACCUAGAAUAGCGAAAGGCUCCGUUGGAUUACCUCACCCUCCUCGUACCUGGUGCUGUAACUUCCACCAUGCUUCACUUUUUAAAAACCCAACGCCAAUUUCCUUCAGGCUGUGCAUCUCAACAAGCAAGCCUUGGCGAGAGAAUGCAAGUUCAGACUACAGUGUAAAUACUUCUAUUUUUAAACUCAGCCAGUUUAUACAGGGUCUGAUGUAUUCUUCUACAGGGAUAGCGUGUCUGCUCAAAACUAGUACCUUGCAGGAGCUGGCGUAGGCUCCUGCUUAGUUCAGGCAUCUAGCCGCCUUCCCAGCCCGGCCAUGGGCAGCUUGACCAGUAAGCAAAUUCUCACCACCACCACCACCCCCGGGAUUCUCCAGCUUGGUUCCCCAGAUGUUGCUGGACUACAAAGCCCAUGCACCCCAGCCCCAGUGGCCAAAGUCCAGCAACCCCUGGGGACCCGGUUGGAGCAGCCCUGCCAUGCCCCUCUCCUCUCCCCUUUUGCUCAUAGUGCUGCUCUGCAUUAACACACAAGAACAAACCAAUUGCUUUGACCUCUGUUGUGCCUAAUCUUGAAUGUAUAAAUGAACUGCAAGCUUGUUUACAAAAUGUUCCUUUAUUUUUCUUUUCAUGUGCACAAAAAAUAUACUUAUUGAAGACUC